CAAAAAAAGGGGAGAGGAGGUAGGAAAAAAGCAGACGCUACAUGUGGCUGUUUGACAUUACGCUAACGCUAUGGAGGGAGACAAAAUAGCUGCUUUGAAGAGGUCGUUUGAGGUGGAAGACGUGGACGCCACCUCCCCCAACACGCGCCGCGUCGCCAACUCCCACCCGCGCUCAGCCGUCGCCCCCAGCAGCCAGAGCUACUACGACCUGGGCUCCCGCGCCAACCACACCAGCAGCCCCAAGCCCCUGGACAGCUUACGGCCCAAGGCCCGCACCCCGGAGCCCGUGUCCCGCCGCACGGAGCUCUCCAUCGACAUCUCCUCCAACCACAGCGGCAAGUCGGUGGACAGCUCCCCCAGCCAAGGCGUCUCCCGCUUCGCCCUGAAGCGGCCCGAGGUCCUGGGCCACAGCAAGACCCCCGAGCUGAUGCAGAAGCACUCCGUCACCUUCAGCAGGCCCCUGGAGACGCCCGUUGCUACCGCCCGCGCCGCCGCCGUCGCCCCACACGCCAGCGCCAAGCUCCCCGAGACCACCUUCAGGAGGACCGAGCCGCCCAGCCCGGGAGAGGUGGCCGGCACACGCCGACCGGAGAUCAGCGUCACCAAAGCACCCGACAGCAAGGCCCAGGAGAACCACCACCACCACCACCACCCGACCAUCAGCACACGCUCCGCCUCACCCAACCACCCCACACGCAAGUCACCUCAGGACAGCCACCGGUCAGAGGUCAUCACAAGCAUCUACGGGACAAUGUCAGACUCAGCCAAGACGCCCCAGCCUGCGCCGGCUCCACGGGGGGACAAGGCCGGCACGGACUUCAGCUACGUGGGCAUCGACGCCAUCCUGGAGCAGAUGAGGAGGAAGGCUAUGAAGCAGGGCUUUGAGCUCAACAUCAUGGUGGUCGGUCAGAGUGGGUUGGGCAAGUCCACCCUGAUGAACACCCUGUUCAAGUCCAAAGUCAGCCGCAAGUCGGUGCUGACCAAAGAGGAGGAGAGGAUCCCCAAGACCAUCGAGAUCAAGUCCAUCAGUCACGACAUUGAAGAAAAGGGCGUGAGGAUGAAACUAGCGGUAAUCGACACUCCGGGCUUUGGGGACCAGAUCAACAACGAGAACUGCUGGAAGCCUAUCAUGAAGUUCAUAAACGACCAGUAUGAGCAGUAUCUGCAGGAGGAGAUCAACAUCAACAGGAAGAAGCAGAUCCCCGACUCCAGAGUGCACUGCUGCAUAUACUUCAUCCCACCCACAGGGCACUGCUUAAGGCCCAUUGACGUGGAGUUUAUGAGACACCUCAGCAAAGUGGUCAACAUCGUCCCCGUCAUCGCUAAAGCAGACACACUGACCCUCGAGGAGAGGGACUACUUCAAACAGAAGAUCAGAGAAGACCUGCGCGUCAACGAGAUUGACAUCUACCCCCAGAUGGAGUUUGACGAGGACGCAGAGGACAGGGUGAUCAAUGAGAAGAUCAGAGCGAUGAUCCCGUUUGCAGUGGUAGGAAGUGACCUGGAGUACCAGGUCAACGGGAAGAAGCUCCUGGGAAGGAAGACAAAAUGGGGGACCAUAGAAGUUGAGAAUACUGCUCACUGUGAGUUCGCCUACUUGCGUGAUCUUCUCAUCAGAACCCACAUGCAGAACUUAAAGGACAUCACCAGCAGCAUCCACUAUGAGAUGUACCGCGUUCGCCGGCUCAAUGAAAACAACAACACGCAGCCCAACGGCCAACUUAACGGGCAGCGCCCCCUGCAGGCCAACGGGGUCCCGGGUCCUGAGGUGCUGUCCCACGAGAUGUAGACAUCCGUCCGUCCAUCCGUCCGUCCGUCCCAGGGACUGACGAAGCUCUUCUCUGGCCAUCUGUCCACCUUGGCCAAAACCCCUAGGCCAAAUCCCCCCCUAACAAUGCACUCCAGAGAGGCUGUGGACCCUCCAUACAAAACAAACAAGACUUGUUCUUCCAAAUCAAAAAAAACAUAUUGCAAUCAUAUCAUAGUAUUUGUAUCAGAAGCAUUCAUUUUUGAGGCCUCUGUAUCUAUCCUUUUCCAUGUGCCAUUUCAUUAUCCUCAAAAAAAAGUUAAGAACAAAACCUUUGGUCCCUUACUUGGUCGUGUAUAAUAAAUGUGUGUCUCAGUCUUUUAGACCUUUUGUCUUAUUUCCAUUGGUGUCCUUUAUGGCAGAAGCCCUGAUGGUAGCUUGUAGAUGUGGACUAUCUGUGCCAACCACUUACCAAUGUAGCGUUACCACGCCACUGCAGUCCAUCAUUGCCAAUUUAACGUUUACAGACACAGAGUGAUUAUCAAGUGACCGCUGAGAGAAAAUGACUGUAGUGUUGGUUAUGUUGUUACGUGAGUCACGAGUCAUGUGUAACUGUGGUUAAGUGGUUAUUGCUAGAGUACAACCAUGUGUUCCAGAAUAUAUAUCCUGUACCGUACAGUAUAGUAUACAGUAUAUAAUAUAUAUUCCCAAAAUAUAACACCUCACAGUUUGCACGUGAUUUUGUUUGUUUGUUUGUUUGUUUUUGUUUUUGUUGUUUUGGAUAAAGUAGGAUCAGGGUCUGUAGAGUUGUUCAGUGAUGUGCUGUGUGGCAGUGUGUUGUGAAGAUAGAGGGUCUAGUGUUUGCAGGAACAGACUCGUCUACUACUACAGGUAAACGCAGUGUGGAGCCCCCCCAUGUCUCUGUUGUGGUUUUCUGUGCCCAUGAUGUACACCAGUUUAUGUUGUGUUUGCAUUGUUGUUACUGAUCUUGUUUGUAUUGAUGUGUAUGUUUUUGAGAGGACAGUGGGCAUAACACGUAUUGGACUAUUAAUUCCCCUGUGCCUACUGUACUCCAUGUAAACCAAAUAAAUGUGCUUUCUGUUCGAAAGAGAAGCCGAUACAUAGAAUUGAUUUAUGAAUAAAUAAAUAUUUAUAA